ACAUUGUGAAUCAGUGCGCGUGAGUCUGACUAAUCGGAGCAGGAGGCGCUGGGAGUCCCAUCAUCCCAUCCAAAUGUCAGAGUGUCGCCUUACAGGGCUCUUAUUUUUGGCCUAGGGGCUUUCGUGAGCGUGCGGCCACUCCCCCCUGAAGUUCUGGCCCGGCCCACGUCCUGAUCAGGGCCAAUUCAGGUUCCCCGAACAUCCCCGAAGCCUUUUUUAACGGCGGGAGGUGGGGUUUCCGCUUUCUCACGUCGCAGACCUGAGCUCGGGUCACAGCUGUUGGGUGCUGCCACUCACCCAGCGCUCCCAGUAAACCAGAACCUCUACACACCGGCAGCACCAACCUAAAGCAGGAGCUUCACGCUUCCAGAACCACCGUCCAAAGCGCAAUGGAUCAAAAGUACCGCAUGGCAGGAGUCCAGGAGAAGCUGGAGAUCCUGGGGGUGGAGGACGAGGCGGGGAACCCCAUCAGCGCCCUCACCAUCCUGUCCCUGCUGGAGCGCGUGGCCGGCAUCAUCGACGGGGUCCAGUCCAGCCAGCAGCGCAUGGAGGAGCGGCAGCAGGACCUGGAGAGCAGCAUCCGGAGCGUCCAGGGCGACGUGCUGAAGCUGGCCAAGGACCACAGCGACACCAGCGGCACCGUGGACAAGCUGCUGCAGAAGACCCGCAAGGUCAGCGCCAACGUCAAGGAGGUCCGCGCGCGCGUGGAGAAGCAGAACGUGCGCGUCAAGAAGGUGGAGUCCACGCAGGACGAGCUGCUCACGCGCAACAAGUUCCGGGUCGUCAUCUAUCAGGGUGAGACUGAGGUCCCAUCGGUUGCUGUCACCAAGGGCCCUAAAGCGCCGGGUCUGGAGGGGCUGGACAUCGAGCCCGACGCCUACGACGUCCCCGCCGACCUCUCGUCGGAUGAGGAGUAUCUGAGCGUGGACGAGGCCGAGUCCUCGCGAGCCGCGCGCCUCAAGAAAUCGGUGGUGAAGAGCACCGAGAGCCUGAAGGCGGCCUUCUCCAAGGAGAACAUGAGCAAAACCAAGGGCAGCCUGGGCACCAAGUUCCACAACCUGGGGGACAAGGUCAUGCCGCCCGAGCGGAGGGAGAGGAUGCAGCAGGCCGGCGAGCGGCUGAGGCAGUCGGGCGAGCGGCUGAAGGAGAACAUCGCCAAGAAGGCGCCCAGCAAAGACACCUUCCGCAUCAAGCUGAAGAAGGAGAGAGCCGUGGCCGAGGGCCAGGAGGGCGCCGAGGCCGAGGCCGGGCUCCAGGCCGGGCUCCAGGCCGGGCUCGGGGCCAAGGCCGAGGACCCGCAGGGGCCCCACGCCGGAGUCGCCUACACCGAGGUCGCCGUGGAAACCAAGAGGGAGGGGCCCUUAGAGGAAGCGGGCGCCAAGCGGAUAGAGUAGGAUCAUAUGAGUAGAGCAGACGUGAUGGGACAGCGGGAUGUGGUUCAAAAUGAAGUGGAGGAAGGUUGACUUAUGUGUGCUGGUUCAAAUGAAGCUAGUCCAUCAGAUGUUAUGCAUAGACAACAAUUUACUGACCUGAUAAAAACAGAGGCGUGAAUGUGAGACUGAUCACCUGCAAAUUCAAGUAGAAGGUUUUGUACUGAAGUGUAUUGAAGAGAUGAGACAGGAUGUUGCCUUUGUGUCGCCUUUUAUUUGGAUGUACUGUACAUAUGAUCCACCAAGGUGAAACUGGUCAGUGAAGGCCUCAGCUGGUCUCUGAGGAGCCUGGUGAGACACCAAAGGCAUGCGGAUCAACGUCAGACUGGUUUCUGUACAAAAACAGUAGAAGCAGGAAAAAGUGAAGUAAAAAUGAAAUAAAUGUUGUGAUGCUAGAAAGUCUCAGUAGAUGAACGUUAAAGCUGCACUGUGAAAAGGAAAAGGACCAGAGGAUAAAAACAGUUAAUACAUCGUUGGCACACCUGAUGCAUUCAGGAUCUUUAAGUGUCCACAGUAAACUACAUGAAUGAGGCUCACGAGCAGUGCAGCUUUACGUCAGAUGUGGCAGAACGUUAGCGUUAAAGCUUCAAACAGACCGUUGCGCAGGUUAAGUGUUGACGCCAUGAAGCGCGUUUUGACGUCUUAUAGAUGAUGAUAUUUAGGAAGGACUUCCGGCAGAUGGAGACGUGCGGUUGGUGGCUCUUUAAAGCUUUUCAUGCACUGCGGCCUUGUGUUAUAUGAAUGUUUCAUUUUUUCCAAUUAAGCUGCUUGAUAUUCACAGUUUGCUUUGAGGUUCAGUGAGUUUCCUCCUGCAGCGACGAUCAGGUCACAGCUUUUACAGUAUGAAAGGAUUUAAAGUUUCUGGAGCCUCAGUUACUAAAAACUCUGCACAAGCUUUGCUUAUACACUCUAGCUGUCGCUGCACAUCAGCAUCUGCUUAUGAAAACACACUUCCUGUAUAGCUUUGAACUUUACUCUGAACGUUUCCCAGCUGACUUUGUUUAUGUUUAAUUUCUUCUCCAUUAUUUUCUCAUUUUUGAUUACAACCCAGCUUUAGUUCUUUACUGAGCUGAUCUGUCAGCUGUGUUGUCAUCACGAGCAGCACCAGAUACUGUACUAUUCAUUUUAUUGUGUUUUUGUAUGAAUAAAUGUUUGUGAAAAG